UAACAGCUAUGACACACACAAGCAUCAUGAAGCUGCAAAAUGCGUCCAGUGAAAGUUCUGGCACCACAGACACACGCGUCUUUACAAGAACUUUUUUUUUUUGUUCGGGGAUCUUUGCAGCAGUCCGGCGCACAUCCCUCACCUGCCCUCAGCUCCUCUCCUCCGACUCUGUGCCGCACACAUCCUGUCUGAGAGGGAGAGGCGAAGGAGGAAGAGAAGCACCAGAAAGGACUUGCGGAGUCAAGUUUAGACAACUUUUACGCACACUUGUUUUUAAAGACUUUUAAAGUCCUCUUGGUUUUUCCACAGGAUGAUGGCACUUUCCGCGAACUUAAACCAAAUCUUAUUAUGAAGCUUAUUGUGGGAGCUGAAGUAAAGGUGCGCCUGAAGGAACUUUUUUCUUUUAUGGGUCUUUUGAUGGCACCUUAAUUAAAAAAAGAAGAAGAAGAAGAAAAAGAAGAAGAAGACUUGUUUUAAAGUUAUUACGGAGUCAUUGGAGGCGUUUGGCUGAGGGACGUCAAUCCAGUGCCAAGUUUCUGAACAGGAGAAAGAAGUUCCUCCUCAUGAAGAGUUGUUGGAUUUAUGUGAUCUGAAACAAGAAGAAGAAGAAAAAGAAAAAAGAGAAGAAGUCAUUAGGAAAUUCCUCCAUUUCGUGAUGUACAUGUGAAAGUUUCCCCGAUCCGAAUUGAUUUCGUUCGGACAAGGGGAGACUUUAAUGGAUUUUUUAUGUGGGACCCGCUAGGAUGGACGUGGUAGAUGAAACAGAAGCGUUACAGAGAUUUUUUGAAGGUCAUGAUAUUACCAGUUCUCUGGAGCCAGCCAACAUCGACACCAGUAUCCUGGAAGAGUACAUCAGCAAGGAGGACGAUAGCACUGACAUCUGUUUCUCAGAGGUCCACAGCGCCCCAGGACCAAAUUACUCAUCUCCCCAGGCAGGAGUGUCCUCCGCUGGGGGGUUGGUGUGUGGUGUGAGCCCCCCUAUACCACUUCGCCAAGGACCCCCUCUACCUGGGCCCCCUAACUGUCAGAACGCCUACCCCCCAGGUCCAUCCCUGGGCCUCCGACACAACUACUCCUGCCUGGGUCAGCAGCAGCAACACCAACACCAACACCAGCAGCAGCAGCAACAACAACAACAACAGCAGGCUCACGUCAAGCCUGAGCACAGAGGCCACUACGCUCCAGGGACACUACCUGAGUCCCCCCCAGACUCCAGCUCAGAGCCGUACUCUCCUCAGCAGGUGAAUGAUCCUCACAUGAUCAGGACCAUGACACCAGAGAACAUGUGUCACAUGACUCCAACGCCACCCCUCCCACCACAUGGCCACUAUCCCAGCAUGCAUCGGGACAUGUACCUGAAGCCCGAGCCCAUGAUAUCACAGUAUCCUAUUGGUCCAGCCACAAGCGGAAAUGGAGACAUGCAGCAGACACAGAUGCUCCAUCAGCUACUGCAACAUCCUCAGGGGCAAGAUGGCAUCCCUGUUCACCAGGCCAAGAAGAGGAAGCACUCCGACUCUCCCAACAGCACCCUGAAUUCCCAAAUCCUCACAGGUAUCAUCAAACAAGAACCAGGAUUAAUGCAGGAUGCAGACAAUGCCUACCUGGACCCAAACUAUCAGUGCAUUAAGUGGCAACCUCACCAGCAGAGCAAGUGGACACCACUAUAUGAUGCAAACUGCAAAGAGCUUCCGAUGCCGACCUACCGCGUUGAUGCCGACAAAGGCUUCAACUUCUCCCUGGCUGACGACGCUUUCGUUUGCCAGAAGAAGAACCAUUUCCAGGUCACAGUAUACAUAGGCAUGCUGGGAGACCCCAAGUACAUCAAGACAAGUGAAGGCCUGCAGCCCAUCGACUGCUUCUAUCUCAAACUCAAUGGAGUAAAGGUGGAGGCCAUGAAUCAGUCUAUCAGUGUGGAGCAGUCACAGUCUGACCGCAGCAAGAGACCCUUUAAGCCAGUGCUGGUAACCUUGCCCUCAGAGCAGGUCACAAAGGUCACAGUUGGGCGGCUCCACUUCAGUGAGACCACAGCAAAUAACAUGAGGAAGAAGGGCAAACCAAAUCCUGACCAGAGGUAUUUCAUGCUGGUGGUGGCGCUGCAUGCUCAGUCCCACAGUCAGAGCUACACUGUGGCUGCCCAAGUGUCUGAGAGGAUCAUCGUCAGGGUAACGUCUGGCCAUGCAUCCAACCCAGGCCAGUUUGAAAGUGACAACGAGGUGCUGUGGCAGCGUGGCCAACUGCCAGACUCGGUGUACCACCACGGGAGAGUGGGCAUCAACACAGACCGGCCGGACGAGGCCCUUGUUGUUCAUGGCAACCUAAAGGUCAUGGGCUCUCUGGUACACCCGUCUGACAUCAGGGCCAAAGAAAAUGUCCAGGAGGUCGACACCACAGACAAUUUGAAACGGAUUUCUCAGAUGAGGCUGGUCCAUUAUCAAUACAAGCCUGAGUUUGCUGCCACCGUGGGCAUAGAGAACACUGCAGAGACUGGAGUGAUCGCUCAGGAGGUUCAGCAAAUAUUGCCUGAAGCGGUGAAGGAGGGGGGUGAUGUGGUGUGUGCCAAUGGAGAGACUAUCCCCAACCUGUUAGUCGUCAACAAGGAACGUAUCUUCAUGGAGAACGUUGGAGCAGUGAAGGAGCUCUGCAAGCUGACAGACAACCUGGAGACUCGUAUAGACGAACUGGAGCGAUGGAGCCGCAAACUGGCCAAGCUGCGUCGCCUUGACAGUAUGAAGAGCACCGUGAGUGGUGGCACUAUCAGCCAAUCAGGGAGUUAUUUUAGCCGAACAGGAAGUGGCCCGCUAAAGAAGAAGACAGUCAAACCUGGGAGCAAGAAUUUGCUACCAGAUCAAGGCUGCAUCAGCCAGAAGUUCAUGCAGGGAACCAUCCUGGCUCUGGUCGUCGUCAUGGCCUUCAGUGUCAUUUCCAUGUCCGUCCUCUAUGUGUUGACUCUUCACCACAGAGGAGACGUCACAGAGAAAGACGGCUAUCUUCCUUCCUGUGUUCUCUACAUCUCUUGGAUGCCCAUCUUCACUGCCACUGUAACUUUCUGUCCACCUGUCUGCCCUUGGUCCAGAGCUGCACUGGGAUCUUCCCGCAAUAGUCCAUAUACUUCACCGUCCACCACCCCAGCACCAGCUUGCUGUUCAACCACAGCCAUAAACAACCAAUCAGCUACAGUUUUGACACUGAGUAACAACCAAUCCACAGCAGAUUUAAGCAGUCUGGUUCCAACACCAAGCACUAUUAUUAAGAAGGCCAAGUCCAGAACAAUGGACAAGGAGAACCGUGGUAGAAACCGCCUGAGUCACACCUCAGCACCUUUGUACUAUGCCAAGUCCAAACGGCCAGCAACUACAGACCUAGACGGAGUGGGAACUACCAACCGUCUACCCGGGGGUCAGCAGCCAGCAUCACGCAGACAACGCAGCCUGCGCACAAAGGGAGGAAGGUCAACUCCCUCUCUGGCUACUCUACAUAUCCUGGAGACAAACCAAGAAAUCACAGCUCACAGUUGCACAACACCUGAGGGCUGCAGUUACACAGUAUCACUCCAUGGAAAGAGAAAUUCUUCCAUCUCACAAAUCACUUUGCGCAUGACGUCCAUGAACAGUGUGUGGGUGCAACAAUGUGGAGUCACCAAGGGACGUUUAUGUCCCAACCACACAGAGAGAGAGCUUGUUGAUGGACAGAGUGCAUCAACAAAGGGGACUUAUCACCUGUGGUCAGUGCCCGUGCUGUCUUUCCAGGACAUCACCUAUCACUUCCGUGUCUCCCUGUCUAGUGAAGUGAGUUGUGCCACUGAUGGAGAAACCUCAUCAUACUCUGACUACCAUUUUCUCAUACAGAGCAGCUGUGUGUGAGAAGGACGACCACGUGUGACAGUGCCUUUACAACAUGCCACGUUUUUUUUCUUGGUGGUUCCAUUUGUACGCUGUUGUGACGGGAUCAAGUUUUGUCUCAUUAUUGUACAUUAUUUUUAAAAAAUACAGAACAAACUAUAUACAACUGUCCCCACUGUAAUCCCCUCCAUAUGUAUAUGCAUUAAGACAUCUCUUUGUGCUGUGAUCACUGGAAUUUGAAACACUGUUCAAGUUUGUUUUGUUUUUUUUUGUUUGUCACUGAAAACGUCUUAGAACACUGUAAUUGACAACUGUGUUGUGUCACUGUUAACUGCUAUUAUGUAAUUAACAUUCAUGAGUUUAUAGCUCAACUUAAUUACUGAUCACUAUGUCUUCCAUACUUAUCAUAAGCCAUAAUUACUUUUUAGCAGCAAGUUUCUUAAUGAAGUCCAGACUAAGAUACUGUAGAUGACACUACACAUAUUUUUGCUUAUGUUUUUAAUAUGUUGAAUCGUUAUGUACACUGAAACUAGUGUCAACUGAAAACAAAAACACUUUUCAGUAGUUUUAUACACUGGAGAGAAGAUUAUUGGCUUCUGCUGAAGGCCUCAGUGAGUGGUUGCAGCUCGCACUGGAAAUAUACCUCAGUAGUGCACACUGGCAAAUCCUGGGUCUGUACAGUAGAGCAUUGUGUUUGAGGCUGCUGCAGUCGACUAGACUGUCUGCUGUCUCCUCAUGUAGCAUCUGACUAAACACUGUACAGAGUGGAAAGUACUCUGCAGUAUUCCUAUCUCAACGUCAGAUUGUUACAUUGGAUGUUUAUGCAUGUGUAUACGUAUUACGAGAUCCUUCACCACUGAGUCAUGCUCAUUUCAGCAGAUUCACUGGAUAAGACUGGAUAAGUCUACAAAUCACUGGAAAUGAACAUGUAGAAACACUGACAGCAUUUAGCAUCUGAUAGUGGAAAUGCCAACACUGACAAUAAUUAAAGAAACACUGGAAUAUCAUACACUGUAUUUUGGUAACUGGACAGAAUGCUGGUAAGGCAAUAAAUGGCAUAUAUCAUGUCAGAUGCAUGCCCAAUCAUUUCUCUAAAAAUGAUACAUCUCAGCUCAGAGGCAACUCAAAUGCUGCUUCAGCUUUGGAAAUCCCAUUUUAACGGCUUGAUCAUAAAGCUGAGAAGGAGUCACGUUUAUUUACGCACACUCAAGAGAUAAAAAAUGUAUGUACACUGGAUUCGCUCAUGUUUUUUAAAAAUAUUUUCCUGUGCCAUACCAUUAAGCCGUGAUAACACUUUUAAAAUAACUAAAUUGUGUAAUUUGUUUCUAUCCUUUCCUGUCUUCAAAGCGUUCUCACCACAUUCACCACCAUGCUUUUGUUGACAUGUAAAAAAAAAAUCCAUAUUUCAUAUGUGUCUGUGUUCAGAAAGAAAAAAAUACAAAUGUAAAAUCAAUAUUAAAUAGGAAAAACAGCCAUCAGACAAAGGUUUAUGGAAGACACUGUAUAAUGUUUUCAGUAUAAUUAUGACUUCAGUGGGUAUAGUAUACUAUUUUAGCUUAUUUAUAAUGCACCAGCUUGCAUUAUGAAACCACUCUAGCACUUUUUGCACUGUAUAUAUGAACUGCUUUUGCUCUAUCCAGUGCACCAGACUGUUUUCAUGUACUCUGGUAGAACUGCAUUGCAUGUAACUGUAUAGCUUCAUUUUGUUACUACCAAUGCUCCUUUUUAUCUGAUGUGUUUUAUCAUAUUGUUUUUAUAGUUGAUAUUAUUAUUGUUAUUUUCUUUUUUUUGGGUUGUUGUAUUAUCAAUAAUAUAUUAACUUUUAGCUAAUGGAGCCCAGACUUGAUUGAUAAGCAUGAAAACACACA